UCAGUUCUGUUCAAAAAAAAUAGUAUUCUUGUUACUGCCUAUAAUAUUGACACCAGACGUUUUGCAUAUACUGAAAACUGGAGCGUAAAUAAAUGUUGAUGUGUUAAAAUGUAUACAACCUGGCAAAAGCAAGCAAGAGUGCCUGAUGCACGCUUGAGGUUACAAUCCAAGUACAAUGAUGCCAGAUCAAAGUUGACUAAGCGGAGGCCAAAAGACGAGCCAGUUUUUGAUGCCAGGCAAGCCAUUAAAGCGAAAAAAGCUCCAAGCCCAAUAACAAUUGAACACAAACCAAUAAAAGUCAAACCAGAAAAGCCAGUAGAAAAGAAAUCGUUGAAACUAACGACUCGAACAAUUCGUAAUCCUGGUGCAAUUGUUCCAUUAGAAAAUCAAACUGUUGGCAAGAAUUUGUUGCUACGAUCAAAACAAAUCGGUUUCAUUUCAGUCACCAAUGGAUCUAGAGUCCUAAUGGAGAAAGUUACAAUGGAUGACGCUGGGUUAAAAGUGGCGAUACGUAACGAUAUAAUGAAAGAAAAACCUACCAGACGAAAGAAUAACAACAACAAACAAGGUGAUAGCUCUGUCAAGGUGAAUAAAGGAAUUAAAAUCACAAUGACAAACCCAGAUGCUGAAAAGAAGCCCUCUCCGAAACCAAGUAAAACUAAUGUUCAGAGAAAACAGCCACCUAAACCAAAAAAGCGGUCACUGCCGCCCCCACCCCCCUCACCUACUCCGUCCCCUGAGCCUGAGGUGAUACACCACCACCACCAUAUCCCGCACGAAAGCCCUCCUGCUCCAAAGCGAAAAUACAUGGCACCAUCCGCACCAAUGUACUCUGACCUAAUACUUGAACAAAAACGCCCGAAACAUCAGUAUAAUCAUCCAAGGCCGAUGAAUUCCGGUGAAAAUAGCGUUUUCUUUCAAGAAAGAGUAAGGCAUCAUGAUCCACACCCACCAAUAGCAGAGACAGGUUAUUCGCAUGAAUACAUCAGUCCAUUUGAAGGAACAAAGAUACUUGUCUCCAAUCUUCACCCAAUUGUAGUGGAAGAUGAUAUUUUGGAAUUAUUCAGUGUCCUUGGCCCAGUACGGCGCGCACGAAUGGUUGGACCUGGAAAAGCUGAAAUUGUGUUUAUCCGAAGAGAUGACGCAAUCCUCGCUUAUCAGAAAUAUAAUAAUCGUGAUUUAGACGGUCAGCCAAUGCAAAUGAAGCUUUUAUUGCAAGAAAGUAACCCACAGUGUAAUAAACAAUACAGUUGGAUGUCAGAUAUUACCCCACGCCGUUCUACUGCUGGUGCUGAUAUAACUGAAAUUGAUCCAAAUAUUCUACAGAGGGCACUGUUUAAAGGAGGGAGUACUGGAACAUCAACAAGGCCGGUUACAUUCACUGUAAAAAUAUAAAAAUGAAUCAAACGGCAUGAUUUUUUUACUUUGUUGCAAAGCAAACAGUUACCGAUAAAACGUACACGAAUGUAAAGACAUUGCCUAGUGUUGGACUCAAAAUUUACACAAGAGUAAUAAUUGUAUCAUGUUUUGAUCAAUUUUCAAGGUUGUUUUCACUUUAAACAAUUGAAAGUGUUUCAAUAUUUUAUUCAUCACCAUAGAAAGAAGGUUUGGGGGAGUUGGGUUGGUGUAUUUUAAAUAGAUCGAAUCAUUCAUGUUUUAGUAUUUUCUGAAUGUUGCGAAUACAAACUGUAUAAAGCUUUUUCUGUCGUUAUGAAAAUAUUGUUUCUUAAUAAACAUCACAAACAAUGAAAACAAUAAAUGCAUUU